AUGGAGGAGGAGAAAGAUCGAGGUGCGGCGGGAGAAAUAAGAAGGGGACUGAGUCGCAAUGCAAGCGUAAACAGGAGCAGCAAAAGAACAAUGAGCAGCAGGCGAGGUUGGAACGUGGCGGAGGAUGUUUUUGGAAGCGCCAGGAUGCGUACCAGUAGUAAUGCUUUGGAGGAUGAGGAAUCCCUAAAAUGGGCUGCUUUAGAAAAGUUACCAACUUAUAAUCGACUGCGGACGACUGUUUUGAAAUCUUUCAUCGAAAAUGAGAAUGACGACGAGCUGGGCAAGAAGUCAGUGCUCCAAGAAGUUGAUGUCCGAAAGCUUGACACCAAUCAACGCCAAGAAUUCAUUGACAGGCUCUUUAAAGUUGCUGAGGAAGAUAAUGGCAAGUUCUUGGAAAAGCUCAGAAACCGGCUCGACAGAGUUGGGAUUAUUCUUCCCACGGUGGAAGUUAGGUUCGACCAGUUAACUGUUGGAGCCGAAUGUUACGUCGGGGACAGAGCUCUUCCCACGUUGCCAAAUGUCGCCAGAAAUAUUGCGGAGUCGGCUUUCAGUUGUCUUGGCUUCCGACUGGCCGAGAGAGCCAAAAUCAAUAUACUAAAAGACGUCUCCGGCAUUAUAAAACCUUCCAGGAUGACGCUUCUAUUAGGACCACCAUCUUCUGGGAAAACAACGCUCUUAUUGGCUCUAGCAGGAAGAUUAGACCCUCGUUUGAAGGUGAAAGGAUACAUAUCUUACAACGGCCAUGACCUGAAAGAAUUUGUGCCGCAAAAGACAGCGGCAUACAUUAGCCAAAAUGAUGUCCACAUUGCAGAAAUGACAGUGAAAGAAACACUCGAUUUCUCUGCAAGAUGCCAAGGGGUUGGAUCCCGAUACGAACUUUUGACUGAGCUUGAAAGGAGGGAAAGGGACGCUGGCAUUCGCCCUGAGGCUGAAGUUGAUCUUUUCUUGAAGGCAACAGCUGUGGAAGGUGCCGAAAGCAGUCUCAUUACCGACUACACUCUCAGAAUAUUGGGACUAGAUAUUUGCCGAGAUACUAUUAUUGGGGAUGAAAUGCAGCGAGGGAUCUCCGGGGGUCAAAAAAAGCGUGUCACAACAGGAGAAAUGAUUGUUGGACCAACCAAGACACUGUUUAUGGAUGAAAUAUCAACAGGCCUUGACAGCUCUACAACAUUUCAAAUAGUCAAGUGCGUACAACAGAUUGUGCACUCGACAGAGGCUACCGUGCUAAUGUCCCUCCUGCAGCCUGCUCCCGAGACUUAUGACCUCUUUGAUGAUAUCAUCCUUUUGUCAGAAGGCCAAAUUGUAUAUCAGGGUCCAAGAGUGCACGUUCUUGAAUUCUUUGAGAGCUGUGGUUUCAAGUGUCCAGAGAGAAAGGGAACUGCUGAUUUCCUGCAGGAGGUUACGUCAAGAAAAGACCAGGAGCAGUACUGGGCAGACCGAAGCAAGCCAUAUAGAUAUAUAUCUGUUGCCGAAUUUGCAAAUAUGUUCAAACGUCUCCAUGUUGGUCAGCUUCUAGAGAACGAGCUCUCAGUCCCUUACGACAAGGCACGGAGUCACAAAGCAGCUCUAGUGUUCAAAAAGUACUCGGUCUCUAAAAAAGAGCUUCUAAAAGCAAAUUUUGACAAGGAGUGGAUGCUAAUCAAGAGAAACUCUUUUUUAUACAUUUUCAAGACUUUCCAACACACCAUUGUAUCACUCAUCGCAUCAACGGUGUUCCUAAGGACUAAAAUGCACACCAGAAAUGAAGCCGAUGGCGCAGUUUACGUUGGAGUAUUGGGGUUUAGCUUGGUUGCCAAUAUGUUUAAUGGUAUUGCUGAACUUGCACUUACCAUGAAGCGACUUCCGGUCUUUUACAAGCAAAGGGAUCUUCUUUUCCAUCCGCCGUGGGCCUUUACCUUACCAUCUUUCCUGCUGGCAUUACCAAUAUCCUCGUUAGAGUCUCUUGUGUGGACGGUUGUAACGUACAACGUCGCUGGAUUAGCCCCUGAAGCCAGCAGGUUCUUCAAGCAACUAUUGCUAGUAUUUCUGAUCCAGCAGAUGGCAGCCGGAUUAUUUAGGUUUAUUGCGGCAAUCUGUAGAACAAUGACAAUUGCAAAUACUGGAGGAAGUCUAGCUCUUCUCUUUGUCACUCUCUUGAGUGGUUUUGUUCUUCCUAAAGAUAAAAUUCCUGAUUGGUGGGGUUGGGGAUACUGGGUUUCACCUCUAACGUAUGGUUUCAAUGCCAUCACCGUCAAUGAAAUGUUUGCUCCAAGGUGGAUGAACAAAUUGGCUUCUGAUAAUCAAACAAGUUUAGGAGUGGAAAUACUGAAGAACUUCGGUGUCUCCGCCCAAAGAUCUUGGUAUUGGAUUGGUACAGCAGCCCUACUGGGCUUUAUAGUACUUUUGAACAUCCUUUACACAUUUGCCCUCACGUACCUUAACCCUCUUGGAAAGCCGGAAGCUAUAAUUUCCAAAGAGCAGGCAAGGGAGAUGGAAGAUAAUCAAGAAGAUCUGAAGGAAGAAACAAGACUUAAAGUGAACAAGUCAAAGAAAGGAAUGGUUCUGCCAUUCACCCCACUCACCAUGACCUUUGACAGCGUGAAUUAUUUCGUGGACAUGCCCCGUGAAAUGAGAGAACAAGGAGUCACAGAGGAGAAGCUCCAAUUACUUAGUAGCGUAACUGGCGUAUUUCGGCCAUGUGUUUUAACUGCACUAAUGGGAGUCAGCGGAGCAGGAAAGACUACCCUGAUGGAUGUUUUAGCUGGACGGAAAACAGGUGGUUACAUCGAAGGCGACAUAAGAAUAUCUGGAUUCCCAAAGAUACAAGAAACAUUUGCUAGAGUUUCAGGUUACUGUGAACAAACUGAUAUCCACUCACCUCAAUUAACUGUCCGUGAAUCUCUGAUUUUUUCGGCUUUCCUUCGGCUCCCCCGAGAAGUCAGCAAGGAGGAAAAGAUGAUUUUUGUGGAUGAAGUGAUGGGCCUGGUUGAACUAGAGAACCUAAAAGAUGCCAUUGUGGGGCUUCCAGGAGUUAGUGGUUUGUCUACAGAGCAGCGAAAGAGACUGACUAUAGCAGUUGAGCUUGUUGCCAAUCCCUCCAUCAUAUUUAUGGAUGAACCCACUUCUGGCCUUGAUGCAAGAGCAGCAGCCAUUGUUAUGAGGACAGUGAGAAAUACAGUCGACACGGGGAGAACAGUUGUAUGCACAAUUCAUCAGCCUAGCAUAGACAUUUUUGAAGCUUUUGAUGAGCUACUUUUGAUGAAAAGAGGAGGCGAAGUGAUUUAUGCAGGACCAAUAGGACGGCAUUCCCAGAAAAUGAUAGAAUACUUUGAGGCAAUUCCUGGAGUGCAAAAGAUUACAGAGAAGUACAAUCCAGCAACAUGGAUGCUAAAUGUUAGCUCAGUUGCCACCGAAGUUAGGCAUGGAAUUGAUUUUGCUGAGAUAUACAAAUCCUCAGUAUUGUAUGCACAAAAUAAGGCUCUAGUGAAAGAGUUGAGCGUACCACCUCAAGGUGCAAAUGACCUCUAUUUCCCUACACAAUAUUGUCAAUCCACGUGGAGUCAAUUCAAAUCCUGCCUGUGGAAGCAACAGAUAACUUACUGGAGAAGUCCCGAUUAUAACCUUGUCAGAAUCGUCUUCAGUUUAGCUGCUGCACUCAUUCUUGGAACAAUUUUUUGGAGAGUUGGAAGUAAAAGGGAGAGCAAUGCUGAUCUUCUGACCAUCAUUGGGGCAAUGUUCAUUGCUGUACUUUUUAUUGGGAUCAAUAAUUGUUCGACUGUGCAACCAGUUGUUGCCAUCGAAAGAACUGUUGUUUAUCGGGAAAGAGCUGCUGGGAUGUACUCAGCCAUACCAUAUGCCAUGGCACAAGUUAUUGCAGAGAUACCAUACAUAUUUUUGCAAACUUCCUACUAUUCACUUAUAGUGUAUGCCAUGGUGGGCUUCGAAUGGACAGCAGCAAAAUUUUUCUGGUUCUACUUUGUGACCUUCUUCUCUUUUCUCUACUUCACAUAUUACGGAAUGAUGACAGUUUCCAUCUCACCAAACCACCAAGUGGCAUCAAUAAUUGCAGCAGCAUUCUACGGAAUUUUCAAUAUCUUCGCUGGAUUCUACAUCCCCAGACCAAAAAUUCCCAAAUGGUGGAUAUGGUACUACUGGAUUUGCCCUGUGUCAUGGACACUCUACGGACUAAUCUUAUCACAAUAUGGUGAUGUAGAGGAUACAAUCAGAGUCCCCGGAAUGUCUCCUGAUCCAAAAAUCAAAGAUUAUAUCAGGGAUCACUUCGGAUACGAAUCAGACUUCAUGGGACCAGCGGCAGCAGUUUUGAUCGGUUUCUGUGUUUUGUUUGCAUUUGUGUACGCUUUCUGCAUUAAGACACUGAACUUCCAGAAUAGAUAGGAUAGCAAAUAUGUUCUCUAGGUGAAUAGAAUGCGAUAAGAAUUUCAUGCAUUAAUUAAAGAUCCAAGUAAUAAGGAUUCAACUA